UUUAGCUCUUUUUGGUUUAUCUCUCAUAUCAAAAACAAUCCCAAAACUAACAUUCAUUCAUUCACUCAAUUAAUUAAUUAGUUGAACAUUUUGAUCAGUUAAAAUAAUCUAAUAAUUUACUGUUAAUCAUUCUUAAAAAUACUUCCUAAGUAAUUAUAAAAAUAGCAAAAUUAAAAAAUGGGGGAAGCAGCACCAAAGAAGAUAAUCAUAGACACUGAUCCUGGUAUUGAUGAUGCAAUGGCAAUAUUUCUGGCUUUAAGGUCACCAGAAGUUAAUGUUAUUGGUCUUACUACUAUUUUCGGCAAUGUUUACACCACUCUUUCCACCCGAAAUGCUUUACAUUUGUUGGAGUUUGCUGGAAGAUCAGAUAUUCCUGUUGCUGAAGGAUCUCAUGUUAGUUAUACGAAAGCAACAAAGCUUCGAGUUGCAGACUUUGUCCAUGGGGUGGACGGGCUUGGAAACCAGAACUUCCCUCAGCCAAAUUCAAAACCAAUAGAUAAGUCAGCAGCCGAAUAUUUGGUUGAGCAGGCCAAUCUUUAUCCUGGAGAAGUUACUGUGGUAGCAUUGGGUCCCCUUACCAACAUUGCCUUGGCUAUUGAACUAGACCCUGCAUUCAUCAAAAACGUAGCACAAAUUGUUCUUCUAGGUGGUGCUUUUGCAGUGAACGGGAAUGUGAAUCCAGCUUCCGAGGCUAAUAUUUUUGGUGACCCAGAAGCUGCUGACGUUGUGUUUACUAGUGGAGCUGAUGUUUUGGCUGUUGGGCUUAAUGUUACUCAUCAAGUUAUUUUGACAGAUCAUCAGCGUGACAUCUUGGCAGAGUCAGAUGGAAUAUUUGCGAAGUAUUUAAGCAAGAUCCUGGAAUUCUACUUUUCUUAUCAUCGUGAUGCAUACAGCAUGAAAGGUGUUUACCUUCAUGAUCCAACAACGAUUCUUGCAGCUGUUAAUCCUUCACUUAUGACAUACACUGAAGGUGUUGUCAGAGUCCAGACAUCUGGCAUCACAAGGGGCCUAACAUUGUUUUACAACAAACAGAAAAGGUUUCAUGAGGAGACCGAAUGGUGUAACAAGCCAACGGUUAAAGUAGCAGUUACUGUGGAUGCUCCUGCGAUGGUGAAACUGGUGAUGGAACGCCUCAUGUAUUGACAACCUGCUUGUUAAUUUGUUACAUUGUUUACUUAAUGUGAAAUAACAAACAAUUCUAUUUCAAUGGCGAAUGAUUUAUCUGUCCUAAAA